AUGCUGAAACUGCACUUUGAUUUUAGUCUUAAAUUCACCAUGGUUGUUGAGGAGGAAAAGUCUUUUUAUCAACUGGAGUACUAUUCUCUCGUAUCCAAAGUGUGCACAGAGCUGACGAACCAUCUAGGUUUGGAUGAUAGAAAUCUGUCUGAAUUUGUCAUUCACUUAGCGCGGAAAAAUCCGACUUUUGAAAAGUUUAAGACCUCUUUAUUGAAGAAAGGUGCAGAAUUCAGUGAUUCUCUAAUCGCUAGCAUACUGCGAUUAGUCCAAAAAAUGUUUCCGAAGAAACCAAAGAAGACCGAUACUUUUAGUUCGUUACCCGGAACAGAUGUAUCCGUUCUGCCCGAUCAAAAGCAAACUGAUGAGAAGCUGGAGUUACGAAAGAAGCUUGUUCCAGCCCUCUGUCUUCCUAAUGAGGAUCCCAGGAAAGUCAUUUGGGAUGAAUCGCAGCUGGAAUUACACGAAACUCGGAAAGCUGCCAACGUCUCGCCCUCCUCACCCUCAGGCGAAAAUCAUACCAUGACUAAUGGAUUGAGGCAGACCAGUGAAAAGACGGUUUCUGAUGAUCUAACUGCCUCGGCCAUGUUGAAAAACUUAGAGGAAUUGCUUUCCGGGGCCAAAGAGGAAUCUAUGAAAGAACAUCGUUCAUCUCAUCGCAAGCAUACUAAAAGAGAUCAAAGAGCAAAAUCUCGCUCCGCCUCACCCUUUACGAAUGAAAAGGGUCGUUUUGAUGGUCGACGUCGAAGCCGAGACUCUUCUGUUGAUUUCUCGGAUAAACAUCGAAAGCGCUCCAGAUCCCCUCAUCGCAGACAUUCUCGUUCGCCAUCUCCUCAUUCUUCCUCACGCCAUCACGAGAGGGGUUAUCGGUCGCCUCGCAAUCGUCGCUCACCACGUUCACGUGGCCACCACUACUCACGUGCCUCUCCUGUGGAUGUGCCCCGUCGUGGCUCACUCGAACGUGCCAAUUCCGAAGUCGUCACUCCUCGGGUUUCUCGAUCAGAUGUGCCUACAGAGCCGGUUGUCGGCGAUAUCUAUUCCGGUCGCAUAUCCAAUAUUCUAUCGUUUGGCGCUGUUGUGCAACUGGAUGGCCUGCGCAGGCGUUGGGAAGGAUUAGUGCACAUCUCCCAACUUCGACGGGAGGGGCGCGUUGUCAAUGUUGCUGACGUCGUUCAGCGAAUGCAAAAGGU